CCCGAAAACUAGGUGGAACGACGGCCAUUUUCCUUUCAACCUCCAACUGUUUCUCCCGCACCUUGAUCAUCUUUUGAUUUGCUCUAUUUUCCACGGCCCCAUGUAUCUGAAGCGUGGUAUCAAGCGCCAGUCUUGUGACUUUUGCUUUCGGCGCAAGGUCAGGUGCGAUUGGGUGUCUCGUCAAUCCGAAGGCCAUGCUCAAUGUUCGCAUUGCCACAUAAGACAUAUAGCUUGUACUGCAAAUCCCGACAACCGCGAUCGAGCCAGACGGAGCAUGCGCCUUGAUGCCCGCCCUGCUGCUGGCCGGAUCCCAUCCAGUCCCGAUGAGGGGCAGGCGACCGAUGGUGGUAAUCCUCCUGGCAGUACCAACGGCACCAGUCUUGUUAAUAAGGAGACCAUCUCCGUCCUACCCCAGACUCAGGCGUCGCCUCUCGAAUCAAGCGUACAAUAUCCAGCUGUUGACUCUGAGUCUGCAUGGCAAGAACUUAGCUGGGAUCUGGGAGCCGAGAGUAUCUCGUUUCUGGACAGUGUCUUUACGCACGACUAUAACUUCGACAAUAUGCCUAACACUCCUCAGAUAUACGCCAGCGAGGAGGCCGCAGGUGCUUUGCAAAACCCUUAUGAAAUCCUCGAGCUUGAUCCGAGCACUCUAAAAGCAGCUAUUGACGCUUACUUUGACCUGGCGUCGCUAGCUAUUCCGAUACUAGACCGAAACGCAUUCCAGGCUGACUACUCGAGCCACAGAGCCAGCCCUGCCUUGGUGUACGCUGUCGCAUGCCGAGGAUGCCCCUUCAUAUCGACACUGCAAAAGUGGCCGGUGCAGCAGCAGCUGGCGAGCGAGUUCAGACGAGCAUGGCUCGAGGCACGAUCAGCCGCAGGGGACAAGCAAUCAAUCAGACUGGACGACCUCGAAGCUCUGGCUCUCAUGGUUGACUUUGCCUACGAACCAGCUGAGGAUGUCAACACAUCGCUCCAUUCACAGCUUGGCAGCCUUUUCCUAACACACGACUGCCUGGUCCUCAUGACACUCCAGUAUCAAAUUCUUUGCCACGCGUCCCUACCGGAAGGCCUCUCCGCACCUCUGCAUGGAGCAGAAGAGCGAAAAAGGUUGCUUUUCUGGUACGUGUAUGGCAAAGAUGCGUUCCGCGCCCUCGACCAAAAAUCUCCGUCUCGUAUCAGGGACGGCCAUACUGAGAUUGUCGAGCAACUACCAGAGCAUGAAGAGAGAACAUAUCUAGAUGCCAUACUCGCCCUGGCCAUCAUUGCAAGAAAGAUAUACCACGAAUUUCUGGGUGUUGCUGCUGGACAUGUAAAUGUCAGCCACCAAGAUGUGGUCAAGUUAUACGGGCAACUGGCGGAGUGGCGUAGGACAUUGCCCCCGUACUUGCAUAGCGACACUGAACGAGACACCAGCCUACCUGCUGACCGCGGUAUUGGGAAACUGUCCCAAGUGCGCCAGCUGCAACAGGCUGUCCUUCUGUUUCUCGAACACAACUGCUACAUGCAGAUCGAAAGAUGUGCUUCAGAAUGUGGGAUAAAUAAACCUAUCUCAUUAGAGGCGGUUAUGCUGAAUCACCUUAUCGAAUACCAGACCUUGAAAAUGGCGAACGAAAUAAUAGAAGCUGCUACAUGGCUCCAGUCACAGAACAUAUACCAGAACACACCUCAAGGCACUGUUAAAUAUCCCCUGAUUGACCUUUCCCCAGACAUUCUGCGCGAUAUAUGUGCUGGCACUGCUUAUUGGCUGAGCGACCGUGGAAAGAAACUCGUGAAUUUCAACAAGGCCUCCGUCAGUAACCAUCUACAAGAUCGCGCAAGUCACGGGGAUCACUCUUUAACGCAAGGGACCGAAAGCUUUGCGGCAGGGGCGGCAUUAUUGAAAGAUGUCGUGGCAACUGCAGGAUCGCACAAGGAUACAUCACGCUUGGUCGAGAAGUUGGAUGAGCAGCUCUCGUCUUUCAAGGAAAUAAUCAAAAACGCCAACAGAGGUUGA